AUGAGACAGAUCGGUCGACUCGCCGGCACGUGGGCCAGUCCCAGCGUGGCACUACGCAUUGCUAAACGCGUCGCCUCCCCUUGGUCCAAACAGCCUCGCCACGGAUUCUUCACAAAGACGACCAGGCAUGGUCUCAACGAUCGCCUUGGCUCAACCUUGCCGGUAGCUGCUUUUGCCGGCGGGCUUUUUAUCUGGUGGCUCUAUCCGUCCGACGACUUUGCACAACUCUCCCACCGGAGCAGCAGCAGAAGCUCCUCUGCUGGUCAAGACCUUCCCGACGAUGGCCAGGGCCAACAUGCAGUUGACGAGGCGAAACAAGAUCAGUCUGCGUGGGCCAAUUUUGCCCGCCGCUUUGAAUCCUUGUCUUUGAUGACAGACCUUGAGUGGUCCGACUUCUCCGACAAGCUUGUCGGCCUGAUUCUUCCCGAAUGGUCCAAGCUGGUCCCCGGCUACGUGAGAAAGCUUCAGCGGGAGCUAUCCAUGUCGCCAGGCUCCCUUGCCGAUGAAAUCUGGCAGGAAGCCCACGAUCCCCUCAUAAACCCUGAGAUUCGAUACUCCGCCAACGUGCGAGUGUCGCCCGACCUGUGCGACGAGGAAAAAGAAUUCCUCGCCAGGCGGCGGAGGGUUGCGAGGGUGGCCUUGGCAAGGUAUCUGGGCCUGCAAGAAAAGGACAUCAAUCCCGAAGAUGUCCCAACCAUUGCCAUGUGUGGCUCUGGCGGGGGCCUGCGCGCACUCAUUGCCGGCACCGGGUCUUUGCUUGCCGCCGACGAGGACGGCCUGUUCGACUGCGUGACAUAUACCUCUGGAGUCAGCGGCUCCUGCUGGCUGCAGGCCCUCUACCUCUCUUCCUUUGCAAGGGGAAGCAUCGGGGCCCUCCUCGACCAUCUCAAGUCUCGGGCUUCCACGCACAUUGCGUAUCCUCCGGUUGCCUUUCGGUCCCUCAUCACCUUACCAACGAGCAAGUACCUCUUGAGCGGCCUGGUCGAGAAGCUCAGAGGAGACGCCAAGGCCGACUUUGGCCUUGUCGACAUCUAUGGUCUCUUGCUCGGCGCGCGAUAUCUCGUGCCCAAGGGUGAGCUGGGCGUCAACGACCGAGACUUCAAGCUAUCGAAUCAGCGAAAUUACGUCAAGCUCGGGCAGCGGCCACUGCCCAUCUAUACCGCUGUGCGGCACGAGAUUCCGGAGCUGGAAGCCACUGUCACCCCAGCAGGCGCCGAGGAGGCAAAAGAAAAGGCCAAGCAAGAAGCCUGGUUUCAGUGGUACGAAAUCACGCCGUACGAGUUCUUUUGCGAAGAGUUCGGCGCCGGCAUCCCAACCUGGGCCAUGGGCAGAAAGUUCAAGGCCGGCAAAGACGUGCCUCCUGAACAUGGCUUCCACCUGCCGGAAAUCAAAAUGCCACUCCUAAUGGGCAUCUUCGGGAGUGCUUUCUGCGCGACCCUCAGCCAUUACUACCGAGAGAUCAGACCGCUCGUCCAGAGCAUGUCGGGGUUCGGCACGCUCGACGAAAUGGUCUCUGGGAAGAACGAAGACUUGAGCAAGGUUCAUCCCAUUGACCCCGCCAGCAUCCCCAAUUUUGCCUACGACAUGCGCGGCAUGUUGCCCAAGACGACGCCGAGAAACAUUUACGAGAAGGAGUACAUCCAGCUGAUGGAUGCGGGAAUGUCAAACAACCUCCCCAUCUACCCCCUAUUGCGGCCGGGCCGAGAUGUAGACAUCCUCAUCGCCUUUGAUGCCUCGGCGGACAUCAAGACGGACAAUUGGCUGUCUGUCGCGGACGGAUACGCUCGUCAGCGCGGUAUCAAGGGAUGGCCGGUCGGUAUCGGAUGGCCAAAGCCUGGGAAAUCCGUCAAACAAACAAGAGCAGAGCUUGUCGACGCUCAGGCAAGCUCGACGCGCGAUGCGGAGAAGAAGGUGCAGGAAGCCAAGGCCGAUCAAGCGGCGCUUCAUCGAAAUGCCGAUGGGGAUGCCAAGGACGAUCCGCCCAGCGAUGCGGAGGCCAAGUUCUCGCCAGGAGACACAGAAGCUGGUGAUCUGGGCUAUUGCACGGUCUGGGUCGGCACGACUCAGGAGCGGUCAUCUAAGCCGCCGCCGCCGCCCAAGGCAAUCACGACUGCCAACUCAUGGAAGCUGACGGAGACUUAUGCCGGCAUCGCUGUCGUAUAUCUCCCCUUUCUGUCCAACGACAAGGUGCCGGAUGUUUCACCCGGAACGUCCGAAUUCCUCAGCACCUGGAACUUUGUCUACACGCCCGAGCAGAUAGAGGGCGUGGUGCAACUGGCCCGAGCCAACUAUGAUGAGGGGAGGCAGCAGAUCAAAUCCACGAUCCGUGCCGUCUACGAGCGCAAGAAACAGCUUCGCGAAAAGGCAGAGCAGCAGCUGCGAGACGAGGCAUUCCAUAACAUAGCGAGCUAUCGCGAGGCCGCACUGCUGGGAGAGGGAGACCAAUUCAGCUAA